AUGGAGGGAGUGCCCGACGAGGAUAAUCUUGGACUUUGGCUUGCGUUUCUUCAGGGUGUUUCUGUGGAUUACUUCCAGAAGGGCCGUGUGCUUACCGUGCAAGCCCCUACCAUCGCGGAGGACACUACCAAACACAUUGCCGCUUAUAUGGCCGGCUUUCUGCGUCGGAGUGCCGGAAUGAUUUGGUACAAGAGGAGGGCUUUCGUGCCCAAGAUGGUCAUGAUGCAAGGCACGGACUGGACAUUCAGCAUGAAGAACAGUGUCGUUCGAAGGGACUACGAGAACGACGUGGCGGGCACGGAGGUCUUUCUUUGUGUCGUAACGGAUACUCGGGCGGAGUCCACGUAUCAAGUGCGCAAGAUUGCGGCAAUUCUUGGAAGGCACGAUCUACUGCAUGACUUCAUGAUAGCGCUUGUUGGCAAAGCCCCUUCGAACUUGGACCAGGGCCUGCACUUCAAGGUUGCCGGCGCGAACUCUGAUUCGGACCUUCCCGCCGUCGAGGUGUGUGUUCUGUCGUAUGAACGCAAGGAGUUCGACCAGUUCGAGACGAGAGCACGCGAUGCAACCUGCGUGGAGGACUGA